CAAAGAAAUCAAAAUACUUUUGGCCCCAUAUAUAUAUUUAUUUCAGUAGCAGAUGCCAACGGUAAGUGGGGAGCAAGUAGUCUUAGAGUCUUAGUCAAUCCAUGGCUUAGACCUGCAACUUCAGGCAAGGUCAUGUCAUCGUCAGGCAUUAUAAAGGACAAAACAACGCAAUCGCAGCGACUUAAUGUCGAGAAUUCGCCACACGAUUGGCACAGAUGUAAACACCGACUGAAUAAGGCUCUAGAAGAACUGGAGUCAACGUUCGACAAGAUGCCAAUAGCACAUAAAGCACAAUAUUCCUAUCUCUGUCCGGGACCACAACAAUUGGUGACAAGACCAACUCAAUGUCAGAUGAUCAGACAACCCAUGGAUCCGAAGAGUCGUCUGAGAGCCAUCAAAGUAUUCAAUGUAAUGCUGGCCCGACUUUGGAGACGACGUUGUGCCGAAGUUUGCGAUCUCCAUGAACUGGUUCGCAAAUACCAACAAAAGGCCAAUGUAAUGCGAGACGAUAUAUUUUUGCGAAAUAACAUGAUUAAUCGUGAGCAGCAACGUAGCGAGCGUCUGGAAUUGAAGUUACGUCAAUUUAAACAUGUUGGAAUAGAGAAUUGCGAGUCCAUUGACAAUGCAUUGAGUGAGGCACGUUUGCAGGAGGAGAAGUUGCGACUCGAGUUGCAGUCAAAGACACAAGAGUGCAACAACUUUGCCGACAUGUUGCAUGAAACGAAAACUGAAAUGUUUCGGGAAUUAUGCAAGUUCCGAAGUUGCGCAAAGGAAUUAGCCGAACAACAGCGACAGAAUCGUCUAUUAGAAAUGCAGAAUGCCGAGCUGGAGGAUGAGAUAUUGACGCUUAAGGAUCGAUUUCAAUCGCAGCAUGACGAUAUUGUCGUUGCUGUCCACAUGAAACAGGAGAUACUAGAUGAGGCCUAUGAGACACUUAAGGGAUUUGAACAGGAACUCGCCGGAUUGGAACUUAAACAUAAUGAACUCCUGAGAGAGAAUCAAAUCGAUGCAAUGCUACAAGAGAUCAAUAAAGUGCAAUAUAAGAUGGGAAUCGUUCGCUAUAUGAUGUGUUUACACUGGCCAAACUGUAAAUUGAUAUCAUUUGAGAUAGUUGCGAAAUUACUCGAAUAUAUUCUGCAGAGUCCAAUAUCAAGACCGACAAUUCCCGUGACAUCGUUGGGUAUAUGUAUAGCAAUAAUGUUUCUAAUCGGCGCUUUUUACUGAUGAGCAGAUUGAGAUUAUAGAAAAUAGAAACGUUAGAGGAUGAAGGACCUUGCAAUAAACAAUCAGCAAAUGGAUAACGGUUAUUGUUGGAUGAAUGUUAAAUAAUUCUUACAUUUUACACUUCAACACUUUUUUUACAUCAUUUUUUUUUUUGUUUUCUUGUAGUUAACAGAUCACCAAAAAUCCCUCUAAAUUGUUAUCCGAUAAAGUGUACUAAAUUAUCGUUUCGAUUGAAUUCUUGACGAGCAUAACAGAUAAAAAUUUGGAAAAAUAUAUAGUAUACAACAAAAAACACGA